AGGGCUGAGAGCCAGACCGGAUCCUUCAUGAGGGAAGAGGCCAGGGACAGUCAGCCAGCCCCGGCUUCUCUUCUCUUCUCUCAAAUUAUUCCACAUUGCAAAGCCCGGGAGCCCGAGCAGGGGGCUGCGUCAGUGUUCGUAGGAUGUCCCGCCAUGAAGGUGUGAGCUGCGAUGCGUGUUUAAAAGGCAACUUCCGAGGCCGACGGUACAAAUGUUUAAUAUGCUACGACUAUGACCUGUGCGCAUCGUGCUACGAGAGCGGCGCAACAACGACCAGACACACAACAGAGCACCCCAUGCAGUGUAUAUUAACACGAGUUGACUUUGACCUGUACUAUGGUGGAGAGGCCUUCUCGGUGGAGCAGCCCCAGGCCUUCACAUGUCCCUACUGUGGCAGGAUGGGCUACACAGAGAUCUCCCUGCAGGAGCACGUGGCCUCAGAGCACACAGAGACCUCCACAGAAGUGAUCUGUCCCAUAUGUGCAGCGCUGCCAGGAGGCGACCCCAACCACGUGACCGAUGACUUCGCUGCUCAUCUCACACUUGAACACAGAGCUCCCAGAGACUUGGACGAGUCCAGCGGGGUGCGGCACGUGAGGAGGAUGUUCCACCCCGGCCGCGGGCUGGGGGGCCCGCGGGCCCGUAGGUCCAACAUGCAUUUCACCAGCAGCACCACCGGGGGGCUCUCCACCAGCCAGAGCUCCUCACAGAGCUCCAACUACAGCCGGGAGGCCAUGGACCCCAUAGCAGAGCUCCUCUCCCAGCUGUCGGGGGUGCGGCGCUCGGCGGGGGGGCAGCUGAGCUCGGGCCCGUCGGCCUCGCAGCUGCAGCAGCUCCAGAUGCAGCUGCAGCUGGAGCGCCAGCAGGCGCAGGCGGCGCGCCAGCAGCUGGAGACGGCCCGCAACGCCAGCCGGGGGGGCGGGCGCGCCAACGCCAUCCUCAACACCAACUCCGCCUCCUCCGCCCACAACCCCACGCCCGGCGCCAACCACGCCGCCAACCCCAGCCCCAACCCGGGCCCCCCCGAGCCCACGCAGCACCCGGCCCACAGCUCCCAGUUCUUACUCAGCAGGUGA